AUGCCCGUUGGCUCCGCUGUCUAUGAUAAUAAUCCAUCAUCAUUAGCAACAACAACGGAUCCCGUAUUGAUAGCUAGAUUUUUAUUACGCUCAUUACGGUAUAAUAUAUUAGCUGCAAAAUCUACAUUGAAACACUUAAAUGAUCGUUAUCCACUUAAGUAUAUUAAUAUUGUUGAAGAUUUAUCUAAACGCAGCCAAGCCGAUACAAAUGAAUCAGAGGAAGCUGGCGAUGAGAUAACAGCUACAUCAGCGUCAAAAGGUCCAAUAACAUCAUUAAAAAUAUCUGCUACAUUAGAUUUUGGCAAAAGAAAUUUAAGAAUUCGAUCACCAUCACCUCCAUCCGUUGAUUUAGAUCAACCACUAGAUGGUAAUAUGGUAAUAUCACCAGCAACUAUUCCACAUCGUCAAACGUCAAGAAACUUGAUUUCUUCAUCAACAGUGUCACCUUCUGGUGCUGAACGAGAAUUAAAUCAUGAUAAAAAGUUAAAUGCAGAAAAGUUGAAUGAAUCACCAAUCAAAGACUAG